UGAGAGAACCCAUCAGAGGAAAACUGAUUAGAAACCUCGACAACCACUGAUGAAAGGUUCUCUAGGAAGAAGACAAUGAAAAAAAGUUGUGUUAUGACCUUUAUACCCCUCAUCGUUCCAAACCCCUCCUUAAUUCAAUCAAUCAUUAUUUGGGUCAUCAUCAGUCUGGAUCUACUCAAACACGCUCUCUCCAAUUGUCAUCCUCUGUCGAACCCCAAAAGAUGAUAGCUGUGAUCGGAUUGCUUCUGGGUUUUCUAAUCUCAGCAUUGUUCUUAAUCCAAGGAAAGCGAAGAUCAAACGGAGAUCAUCAAGACAAGAAGAAGAGAUCUAGUAAUGAGCCUGUAGAUGUCGUAAAGCCUAAGAGGAGUUACAGCAAGAGUGAAGUCUCAGAACACAACAAAAGGAACGAUUGUUGGAUCAUAAUCAAAGAUAGAGUCUAUGACGUUACGUCCUAUGUUGAAGAGCAUCCCGGUGGUGACGCCAUUCUAGUUCAUGCUGGCGAUGAUUCUACUGAUGGCUUCUUCGGACCACAACACGCCACUCGUGUUUUUGACAUGAUCGAAGAUUUCUACAUCGGAGAACUUAGUCGGUAAAAAACCAA